UUAGAAAAUUCAGCACGUGGAUCUUGGAACGGUUUACACAUUUGUUACUGUACGUGACUUAAGACCAGAGUGAUGGAGGAAAAUCCAUACCCCUAUCUUAAGAUCAGCGAUUUCAGUUGCCUGGAGUCAGUUGACACUAGGAGCCUUUGUCCCAAGUGUAACAAGUCCAGGAAAUAUUACUGUUACACUUGCUUUUGCCCUGUGGAGGGAUUGCAGGAAUCUGUGCCAAAGGUCAAGCUCCCACUGAAGAUUGACAUCAUAAAGCACCGGAGCGAGAUCGAUGGUAAAAGUACGUCGGCACAUGCAGCCACCCUGGCUCCUGAUCAAGUCUCAGUCUACACAUAUCCCUGCAUUCCUGACUUCCCUGAUAAGUCUAGGGUGGUGCUAGUAUUCCCAGGAGAAGAUUCGGUCACCUUGGAGCAACUUGCUAAGCAGUGUAGAGUUCUGAGGAAACAGCAAGUAGCAUCUCUGCCUGGUUUUUCUGUCACAGAUGCUGAGAAAAGAAACAAAGGUGACAUGAAGAGUGAAAAUUCGGAAAUAUCAAAAUACCAGGUCAAAGGUCAAGAUAGUUGUGAUGUUGGGCAGAAUGAAGGUCCUAAGGUCAAAGGUCAUCAGGAACAGACAGUGUCUGAAUUGGAAGCUGUGAAUGAACACAAUGAAAGUUCUACAGAAAAAGACAUCUCCGAAAUUUGCAAAUUCAGAGAUGAUGACGGAGAGCCUCCUGUUAAACAAAGACGUAUAAGUUCAGACAAAAUAACUUCCAAUGAUAAGAGUAUGCAGCACAAUACAAAACAGUCUGUAUCUCAACAAACGCAAUGUGUGGAGUCACAACUACCACAAUCAGAUCAACCAGAUCUGGCGGAAGCAUCUGAGAACAACACCACUCCUCAGGCUAUGACACACCCAACGGAAUCUAGUGAUUCACAACUAACACACUCAAAUCAGGCUCAAACUAGAAGUGAUGAGAAAAUUGACUCUUCAGAUCAAUGUCAGGCAGAUCAGUCCCUGAAAAGGCAAUCAGUACCUCACAAAACUGUAGGAAAUAAAAACGCUGCUGUUAAGGACCUGUCUCAACUGACACAAUCAGAGGAAUCACACCUAACACAAGCAGAUUCAGCCACUCCUACAGUGGAAGAAAGAAAUAUAUAUGAGGCUCCUUUUGACAGAGUGGUGUUCAUAGAUUGUACAUGGAAUCAGACCAAAAGUAUCUUCUGUGAUGAGAGGCUGAAAGGUUUGCGCUGCAUUGAGUUGAAGAAGCACAAGACCAAAUUCUGGCGCCAUCAGCGCAACAAACCUGACACAUAUCUCGCCACAGUUGAAGCCAUCUACUACUUCCUGCGUGAAUAUCAUGAUCUCUUUGUUGAUGCAGAGUACAAUGGCCAAUAUGACAACAUGCUUUUCUUCUUCGCAUUUAUGUAUCAGAAAAUCAAGAAUUUAUUUGAUGGUGGAAAAAAUCUAAAGGCGUAUCAGAAACCAAAUAACUAAGUGAUAACUUUAAGUAGUGAGAUCUCUGAAACCCUUGCCAUGUUCUUUAAAGUUUUCCUGCCUGGGAUUUUCCCAUCAUGUCUUCUUGUACAUUGCAGAGGAAAUAUCAAUAUCAGGUACCUUUAUUUUUAUGGUAUUUUGUUAGGUCAGAAUUGGGGAAAAUAAGCUUACAUAGACAGAAAAUACUAUGGCUUUGGGGCAUAUGGGGUGGAUAUAAAUGGACUUUUACCUUAGAGAGAUGACCUAACUGCAUAUAGUUGUAGUUUUUUUCUGUAGUUAUUUCA